CUGGUAGUCCUCACUGUAAUCCAAAUUGUUGAAAGUUGUUUCAAGAGAGUUAAUCGAAUUUAUAGAUUUAUUUCUAAAAGGAGGUGGAGCGGUUCUUUUUCUAAGAGGAGGUGGAGGAAUUAUUUCUUUACGCGAUUGUAUAUCCAAAUUGUUGAAAGUUGUUUCAAGAGAGUCAAUCGAAUUUAUAGAUUUCUUUCUAGAAGGAGGUGGAGCGGUUCUUUUUCUAAGAGGAGGUGGAGGAGUUAUUUCUUUAGUCAU